AUGAAUCCCGCAAACAAUACUGACCCAACAUAUUAUACGGAUUCAAAGUAUCAAACUUUGCCGGGGUUCACAAAGUUGCUAGAUCAUUAUGGCUUGACACAACUGGCCACCCUACGUGGUUUCAUAGAGACUCUCAAUAUGGCUAAUGGCACCCUAUGGCGGAACGGUAUAUGCAUACCAUCGGUGUGUAGCGCCCAGGAGUUUGAGAGGUUACUCAAUAAAUACUUUUCCCAGUUUCCCGACCGAUCGAAGGUAUGGAUAUCCAGCAAUCACGUCACCUCCCGUUCCCUAAACCACGUGUCCGGUGAGGACUGGAAACGGGUGCGCUCUAUAGUGUCGCCCGUUUUCACGUCCGGCAAAAUGCGUCAAAUGUCACCGAAAAUCAGCGCGUGUUUGACGGACCUCUGCGCCCAUAUUGACACCAUAGCCGUCACGGGUCAGCCCCUGGACGCCUGGGACGUGUGCGGGCGGUUCGUGUUGGAUAUCAUCGCCCGUAACGUGUUUGGCGCCAAAAUCGACGCCUACCUGUCCAACGAUAACCCGUUUGUGGUGUUUGCUAACGAAAAGUUCAACUUAACGCUUAAAAAGGAAAUGAGCAGGCUACUAUUGCCUAAAUUUAUGCAAAAAUGGCUAAAUGUGUCGAAUAAGGUUUCGGAUCAGUUUUUCUUAGACACCGUCCGACAGAUUAUUGCCGAUAGACGACAGAAACCUAAUAAGAAAAAUGUGGACUUAAUUCAACUGCUUAUGGACGCAGAUAUUGGGGACCGGGAGGGACAGGCAAAUGAAAGGGAUAAUAAUAAUCAUCAACAAAAUAGAGGCGAUGAAGAGGUGGCCGCUGAUCGUAAGGCCUACGACAUAAACGUCGCUAACAAACGGUUGACGGAAGACGAGAUCAUAGCUCAGGGAUAUAUCUUCUUCAUCGGCGGAUACCUCGAAACGGCGUCAGCCCUGGCCUUCUCGGCCUACGAGAUGGCUUGCAAUCCGACGGCUCAACAGCGACUGCUUGACGAGAUAGAGGGCGCGGGCGUCGACGCCCCGGACAACGACCUAUCGUACGACGCGUUGGCGCGACUGCCAUAUUUGGCAGCAUUUUUAUCGGAGGUUCAGCGCCGCCACUCAAACACCCAACCCAUGGCCAGAGUGGCGGCCAGUGACUACCGGUUAGGCGAUACCGGGAUCACCAUAAAGGCCGGGCAGCAGAUAGAGGUGCCCAACUACGCCUUACAUUACUCGGACCAGUACUAUGAGCAGCCGUACCAGUUUGAUCCUGAGCGUUUUAUGCCAGAAAAUAAGCAUAAGAUUAAACCCUACGCAUACCUGCCCUUUGGCGCCGGCCCUCGUAAUUGCAUUGGUAUGAGGUUUGCGUUAUUGAUUGUUAAGCUAGCGUUGGCUCACAUGGUGAAGCGCUACCGAUUCUACCGGUGCCCGCAAACGGACGUUCCCGUACAGUAUAAGCCGUUUAUUCACAUGAUUUCACCGAAACGUGUUGUCGUA